GUGAUGUCCAGAGUUUCUGACGUAGGGCCAGAGGAGGAGUCUACACCAUCUCCCAUGCCAGUGCUGUCGCUUGAAGCUUCCGACCCGCAGUCGCUCCCAGGCAGGUCCCGCAGGAAGCGCAAGAUGUUUGUGAUGAGGAAGGGCGAUGCGUGGGAGGAGCGGGGUUGCAGGCUGCAGGCGCUGCAGCUGCGGGUGCAGGACCUGGGCCUGGGCUACCAGUCCGACGAGAUAGUCCUCUUCAAGUACUGCAGCGGCAGCUGCCCCCGGACCCGCACCAACCACGACCUGACCCUGUCGCUGCUCCUGCGCAAGGCCGAGCUGCUCAACCUGUCCCGGGAGAAGAUCGUCAGCGACCCCUGCUGCCGCCCAACACAGUUCAAGGACGUCACCUUCCUCGACACCACCAACCGCUGGCAAACUGUGGAGAAGCUCUCCGCAUCUGAGUGCAGCUGCAUCGGUUAACCCGC